AUGGUUGGCUACGAGGACUACACAGAAGUCAUUGUCAACGAGACACUCAAAAGGAAGGCGAUUCUGCUAGAAUUAAGUGGUUUUCGUUCGGCUGACGCGAACAGAAGAAAAAUACGCGCAUGGAAGGAAGUCCAAGAUGUUGUGUUGCUGAAGUGCAGGAAAAUGAUGACGUUGGAUCAAAUUAAACGCGUAUGGCGAAACAAAAAGGCGCACGUUAGGGACACGCUAUUGAAGGAGAAAAGAUAUCGGAGUGCCACAGGGGGUGGACUCGAGCUGCCUCUGGAGCGUGCGAUUUCAAGCUGUGCAAAAUCUUUUACUGAAGCGGAAAUCGCUUUGGCGAACGCAUUGGGGCGAGAGGCUGUUAUGAGCGGCCUGGGCAAAAUGGAAACAUUUGUGGAUAAGGCCGGGACAAGCGACGGGUCGCCCAGUUCAAGGGGUGGGAGGGACCGGGAGGAGGAGGAAAAGAGGGGUGGAGGAGGGGCUUGUCUAGAGAGGGAGGAAAAGAGGGGUGGAGGAGGGGCUUGUUUAGAGAGGGAGGAAAAGAGGGGUGGAGGA